GGCCCAGGAAGAAUUGAAUUAACGUCAUUUCUACACUAUCUACUUUCUUCAUUUCGCGGUGUACCUUAUCAUCGAGCUGUUACUUCCCUCUAGACAGUGGACACUCUCACUCCCUCAAACACAAAUCUAAUUACAUGCAUUCAUGUUUAUCUCGCUACAAUUACAGUUGCGUCCCUUUCAAAUUAAACCGUUUAACUCCCCGAACCGCACUGGUUCGCUCGGCGGUUUCUUCUCCAGAUAAACGAACCAGAAAGAAGAAGCAAGUGAAGGAUGACGACAGUGCACUCGAGAACAGUCUCCGGUUCAGUUUCAUGGAGGAACUCAUGGACCGGGCUAGGAACCGUGACUCAACCGGUGUUUCUCAAGUCAUGUACGACAUGAUUGCCGCCGGUUUAAGCCCUGGUCCUAGGUCGUUCCACGGUUUGGUAGUUUCUCACGCUCUCAAUGGCGAUGAACAAGCCGCGAUGGAUUCGUUGAGGAGAGUUUUAGGGACGGGGCUUCGACCGGUUCACGAGACUUUUGUUGCAUUGGUAAGAUUGUUUGGGUCUAAAGGUCAUGCUACUAGAGGUUUAGAGAUACUUGGAGCUAUGGAAAAUCUAAAUUAUGAUAUUCGUCAUGCUUGGACAAUUCUUAUUGAGGAACUUGUUCGGAACAAGCAUUUGGAAGAUGCUAAUAAAGUGUUUUUGAAGGGUGCUAAGGGUGGCCUCAGGGCUACCAAUGAGGUUUAUGAUCUUCUAAUCGAGGAAGAUUGCAAAGCAGGAGACCAUUCUAAUGCUUUAGAAAUUUCAUAUGAAAUGGAAGCUGCCGGACGAAUGGCAACAACAUUCCAUUUUAAUUGCCUUCUUUCUGUGCAGGCUACCUGUGGAAUACCUGAAAUAGCCUUUACAACAUUUGAGAACAUGGAAUAUGGAGAAGAUUUUAUGAAGCCUGAUACAGAAACCUACAAUUGGGUCAUUCAAGCAUAUACUAGAGCUGAUUCUUAUGACAGAGUACAAGAUGUUGCUGAGUUGCUUGGCAUGAUGGUUGAAGAUCAUAAGCGCAUACAACCAAAUGUGAAGACCCAUGCGCUGUUAGUGGAGUGUUUUACCAAGUACUGUGUAGUACGAGAAGCUAUCAGGCAUUUCCGAGCACUUACAAACUUUGAAGGGGGUACAAAAGUUCUACAUAAUGAAGGGAACUAUGGAGAUCCUCUUUCAUUGUACAUUCGGGCGUUGUGUCGGGAAGGAAGGAUUCUUGAAAUGCUUGAAGCUUUAGAAGCUAUGGCCAAAGAUAACCAGCAAAUCCCCCCACGGGCAAUGGUCUUGAGCAGAAAAUACCGGACAUUAGUGAGCUCAUGGAUUGAACCUUUACAAGAAGAGGCUGAACUUGGCUAUGAGAUUGAUUUUAUUGCUAGAUAUAUUGAGGAAGGUGGUCUUACAGGAGAGCGCAAACGAUGGGUGCCUCGUAGUGGUAAAACACCUCUAGAUCCUGAUGCUGAUGGAUUUAUAUAUUCAAACCCAAUGGAGACCUCCUUCAAACAAAGAUGCCUUGAAGAGAGGAAGUUGCACCAUAAGAAGCUUCUGAAGACAUUGCAGUAUGAAGGAAUUGCAGCUUUAGGGGAUGGUGUGUCUGAAUCUGAUUAUCUUAGAGUGCUCGAGUGGCUAAAGAAAAACAUAAAGGGGCCUGAACAGAACGUUUUAAAGCCAAAGGCUGCUAGUAAAAUGCUUGUGGGUGAAUUGAAGGAAGAGCUAGAAGCACAAGAUUUACCUACUGAUGGAACCAGAAAUGUUCUUUACCAGCGUGUUCAAAAAGCAAGGAGAAUAAAUCAAUCUCGCGGUCGUCCGCUUUGGGUUCCUCCCAUUGAAGAGGCGGAAGAAGAGGUGGAUGAAGAGCUGGAUGCAUUGAUUUCACGCAUAAGGCUCGAGGAAGGAAAUACAGAGUUCUGGAAACGUCGCUUCUUAGGAGAAGGCUUAACUGGUGAUCAUGAAACGCCAAUAGCUGAAGGUAAAUCAGAGUCCUCUGAAGUUCAAGAUGACGUUGAUGCUAUAGAGGUUUCUGCAAAAGAGGUUGAAGAUGAUGAAGCAGAUGACGACGACGACGAUGGUGAUGAAGAUGAGGAAGCAGAACAGGUAGAAGAGGAAGUAGAGCCAGUAGAGAACCAAGAUGUAGAGAGGAUAAAGGAAAAGGAAGUUGAAUCUAAAAAGCCCCUUCAAAUGAUUGGAGUCCAGCUGUUGAAAGAUUCUGACCAACCCUCUGCCACUUCUAAAAAGUUAAAGAGAAGAAAAUCUCGGCAUAAUGUUGAGGAUGAUGCCGAUGAUGAUUGGUUUCCUUUGGACAUGUUUGAGGCAUUUAAGGAAAUGAGGAAACGAAGAGUGUUUGAUGUAUCAGACAUGUAUACCUUAGCAGAUGCUUGGGGAUGGACGUGGGAGAGAGAACUGAAGAACAAACCUCCUUAUAGAUGGUCGCAGGAAUGGGAAGUCGAGUUGGCAAUCAGAGUUAUGCAGAAGGUCAUACAAUUGGGAGGGACGCCAACUAUUGGAGAUUGUGCCGUGAUCUUGCGUGCAGCUAUAAGAGCACCUCUACCUUCAGCUUUCUUGACAAUUUUGCAGACAACUCAUGGUCUUGGUUAUAAGUUUGGGAGACCACUUUAUGACGAGGUCAUCUCUCUCUGCCUUGAUCUUGGGGAACUAGAUGCAGCUGUUGCCGUUGUGGCAGACUUGGAGACAACGGGGAUCUCGGUUUCAGACCAGACUCUGGACAGGGUGAUUUCUGCUAAACAGGGGAUUGGCAAUGCUUCAAAUGGUGGUAUGGAUGCAGGAUUGUAAUACUAUAUCUUCAUAUUGUACUUGCUUCAUUUCUUUUUUUCUUCCAAGUGGAAAAAUAGUAAACACUACUUCAAACCUCUGAUAGAAACUUGUCCAUAAUUUGCAUGUGCAAGUGGUCCUUGUUUUAUGAUGCAUAUGGAGAAAAAUGUAUCUGCAUUAUUUGUGAUGUUGAUAUUAAUAUUAUUUAGUCUUAACUUUUGUUUAUCAGUAGGGCUUAAUGCAGAGGGAAAAUACCUUAUGGAAAUAAAAUUGAGAUUGUUUGACAAAUACAAUCAUCUUGAGAAUUGGAAUUCAAGUGAUUCCAAUCCUUGUGGUUGGAAUGGUGUCAUCUGCAGCAAUGAAACCAAUAAUCCAAUGGUAGAAUAUCUUGACUUGCAUGCAAUGAAUCUCUCAGGUUCUUUAUCUUCCAGCAUUGGUGGUUUGGUUCAUUUGAUUCACCUUAAUCUUUCUCAAAAUAGUUUAUCUGGUUUCAUACCAAAGGAAAUUGGAAAUUGUUUAAGUUUGAAGAUUCUUGGUCUCAACAAUAAUCAAUUUGAAGGUCGAAUUCCUGUCGAAAUAGGCCGGCUUUCGAAUUUAACAGAAUUGUAUAUUUUCAACAAUCAACUUUCUGGUCCUUUGCCUUAUGAAAUUGGUAACCUUUCUUCACUCUCAAUACUUAUUGUAUUCACAAAUCAUUUGACUGGUUCUUUGCCACCAUCAAUUGGUAAGCUUAAAAAUUUGAUCCGGUUUCGAGCCGGUCAGAAUAUGAUCUCAGGAAGUUUACCACAAGAGAUUGGUGGAUGUGAGAGUUUGGAGUAUCUUGGUUUGACUCAAAAUCAGAUAAGUGGUGAAAUACCAAAAGAACUUGGAAAACUCAAAAACUUGCAAUCUUUGGUCCUUAGGGAAAAUAAUCUUCAUGGUGCUAUACCUAAAGAGCUUGGAAAUUGUACUAAUUUAGAGGUACUUGCUCUCUAUCAGAACAAUCUUGUGGAAGCAAUUCCAAAGGAGAUUGGAAAACUUGCAUUUCUAAAGAGACUAUACCUUUACAGGAAUGAGUUGACAGGAAAUAUUCCAAAAGAGAUUGGUAACCUUUCUGUUGCAAUAGAGAUUGAUUUUUCAGAAAAUUUUCUAAUAGGUGAAAUACCAAUUGAGUUGGUUAAUAUAAAAGGCUUGCAAUUACUUCAUCUUUUUCAAAACAAGUUAAGUGGUGUGAUUCCAAAUGAGUUCACCACUUUGAAAAAUUUGACUGAGCUUGAUCUCUCUAUUAACUAUCUCAAUGGUACUAUUCCUAUUGGAUUUCAAAACUUGACAAAACUUACCUCUUUGCAACUCUUCAAUAACUCAUUAAGUGGUAUAAUUCCUCAUGAAUUGGGAGCAAAUAGUCCACUUUGGGUGCUUGAUUUGUCAUACAACUUCUUGGUGGGAAGAAUUCCAAUCCAUCUUUGUCAACAAUCUAAAUUGAUGCUGUUGAACUUAGGAUCAAACAAACUCACUGCAAAUAUCCCUUAUGGACUCACAAGUUGUAAGUCCUUGGUGUAUCUUCGCCUUUUCGAUAACAACUUCAAGGGUAGGUUUCCUUCUAAUUUAUGCAAGCUUGUAAAUCUUUCUACAGUUGAAUUGGAACAGAAUGAAUUCACAGGCCACAUUCCUCCACAAAUUGGUAACUGCAAAAACUUGCAAAGACUUCACCUUUCUAAUAACCACUUUUUGUCUCAAUUGCCAAAGGAAAUUGGCAACCUCUCUCAAUUAGUUUCUUUCAAUGUCUCAUCAAAUUACCUUUUUGGUAAAGUUCCUAUGGAACUUUUCAACUGCAAGCAGCUCCAAAGACUUGAUCUUAGUCACAACAACUUUAUAGGUACUUUACAAGGCGAGAUAGGAACUCUUUCACAAUUAGAGCUUCUUAGGCUCUCACAUAACAAUUUUACUGGUAAAAUUCCACUGGCAUUAGGAAAACUCUUGAGAUUAACUGAGCUACAAAUGAGUGAAAACUCAUUUUGUGGCUACAUUCCACAAGAGUUAGGUGCACUCUCAUCUUUGCAAAUUGCAUUGAAUCUCAGCUAUAAUAAACUUUCAGGCCAAAUACCCUUUGAACUUGGGAAUCUUAUUAUGCUAGAAUCCCUCCAACUCAAUAACAACCAUCUGAGUGGUGAAAUUCCAAACUCCUUUAAUAGACUUUCAAGUUUACUUUCAUUCAAUUUCUCAUACAAUGAUCUUAUUGGCCCUUUACCUUCUUUACCUCUCUUUCAAAACUCAAAAUUCAGUUGCUUUUUAAGGAACAAAGGACUAUGUGGAGGACAGCUUGCCCCUUGUCCAAAUUCACUUUCACACACCCCUCCAAAUAAACUAGGAAAGAUUCUUGCUAUAGGUGCAGCUAUUGUUAGUGUUGUUUCUUUGGUUUUAAUUCUAGUCAUUAUAUAUCUCAUGAGAAGUUCCUUUGUGUCAAAGCAAGAUAUAAUUGAUAAAAAAAAUUCUCCACAUGUUUCAAACAUGUACUUCUUCCCAAAAGAAGAGUUAACUUUCCAAGACAUGGUUGAAGCAACUGAAAAUUUUCAUUCCAAAUAUGUAAUUGGGAAAGGUGGUAGUGGAACUGUCUAUAGAGCUGAUAUAUCAACUAGUGAUCAUAUAAAUGCAAUUGCUGUAAAGAAACUUACAUCAAACAGUCACAACAACAGCAUUGAUGUAAAGGGCUGCUUCCAUGCUGAAAUAUUAACUUUGGGAAAAAUAAGGCAUAGAAAUAUUGUGAAACUAUAUGGUUUCUGCAACUAUAGUGGAUCUAAUAUGCUACUUUAUGAGUACAUGGAAAAGGGUAGUUUGGGAGAGUUACUUCAUGGAGGAACAUGUUCCUCUAGUCUUCAUUGGCAUGACAGGUUUAGGAUUGCACUUGGAACUGCACAAGGACUAUCUUAUUUGCACCAUGAUUGCAAGCCGAGAAUUAUCCACCGCGAUAUCAAGUCGAAUAAUAUACUUGUUGAUCAUGAAUUUGAAGCUCAUGUUGGAGAUUUUGGUUUGGCUAAGUUGAUUGAUAUCUCAAGGUCUAAAUCAGUGUCUGCAGUUGUUGGUUCUUAUGGCUACAUUGCCCCUGAGUAUGCUUACACAAUGAAAGUGACAGAAAAAUGCGAUGUCUAUAGCUAUGGAGUUGUCUUAUUGGAGUUACUAACAGGAAAGAAACCAGUCCAAUCGUUGGAUCAAGGUGGUGGUGAUCUUGUAACAUGGGUGACAAAUCGUAUCAACAAAUAUUCGUUGAAAUUGGACAUCCUUGAUGCUAGAUUGGACCUACUACAUGAAAUUGAUGUUGCACAAAUAUUUGAUGUAUUAAAAAUUGCAUUACUAUGCACCGACAUAUCUCCUUCUAGACGCCCAACUAUGCGUAAAGUUGUGGCAAUGCUUACAAGUUCUAGCAAACGGAAAGAGCAAUCUUCUUUCUCUCCAUGUCAACAAUCAUCUAAUGUAGAAGAAUGAAUCACUCUUUCUUUUUAUGUAUAUGUUCUUUGAAUAAACUUUGUAACAAAAAUAAUUAUAGCUUUUGAAUGCAAAAGUUUAGGCUAUGUGGUUGAA